AUGGCACUAAGUGACAAUAAUAAUAAUAAUAACAAUAUAAUACCGAAUCUACUUCAUCCAGCUGGUUCUAAUACCUCAGUCCCUACCACCACCAAAGCAUACUCUCCCAAGAAAACUAACAACAAAGAUACAAAGUGUUGGUAUGAAAACAGACUACAACCAUCAUCAUCAUCCACUCCUCCAUCCUCAUCCUCAUCCUUCUCUUCAGAUCUAGAAGAUAUGAACACUCGUGACGAUCCUUCAAAUAUGACUCCUUCUCCCAAAAAGAGAAUGGAUCAAGAAGGACAACAAACAUCAAAUGAUCAUAAAUUUCAAUAUGCAUCUACUCCAUUACAUCCCAAUUCAAAUAUUUCGUUCAUAUCUCCAAUACGAAGAUUGAAUGACCUACAUCUAGAUUCACCGCUUGCGAGUGAGGAUAUUCUCAUUAAUGAGAUCGAAGACCACGAGGAAUCGUUACAUGAUGAUGAUGAUGACGAAGAUGAGGAAGAAGGAUUGGCAAAUCAGACAAUCAACACCGACGAUAUCGAUCCAGAUGAACAGGAUGGCGAAGAUGGAAUAAUAUACGAAUCAUCGCCACAAUAUAUAAAUACUCGAAAACGAAUCCAUAUCGAAUCUCCAACAAUGAUAAUAACACCCAAUUCAAACGAUUCGAAAAUGACAAUAUGUACGACUAGCGGAACAACCAAUAAUCUUAAAUUUAGUUUUAGUCCUAGUGAUGCGACUCCAUGUCCUCCACAGCCGCGAAGAAAGAAAUUGAAAUUUAAAGACAAUACUGGGGGACCGGAGGACAGUAGUAAUUUACAGAAGAAUAAAUCACAAGGAUACUUCAAGAGGCCGAUAUUGGAUUUGGCUAAUUCGAUAAAAACUCCCAUUGAUGAGAUAAUGUAUCAACCUGUUAAACAAGAAGAUGGGGAUGAAGAUGACGAGGAGGAAAUAUUGAAUGAUGAAGAAUUCGGAUUAAAUCAAGGAACUCCGAUUUCUCAAUCAACUCCUGCAAAUUCAAGAGCUCCUUCACCUGCUUCAAAGCGUAAUCAACCAAGACAGCAACCGACUCAAAGUGAGAAAUAUGAAGAAUAUGAAGAAUAUGGAGAGGAAAUAAACGGAUAUAAAUUCAUAAAGCCAACAACAUCAGCAUCCCAACAACAGCAACAAUCCCAAUUCAAAUAUGAAACACCAGUGAAUAACAACAAAUACACAAAACUCCGGGAAGAAUACAAUAGAAAUGAAUUUGAACCAACCACGAGCACAUCCCAAAAAUAUCAAAUCUUGGGAGAGAUACCCAUCACAUCAGCAGGAAUGAUGGAUGAAGACGAGGAAGAGAUACAUAUUGGAGAUAAGCGAAUCAACGACCCGUAUCUUCACAUGCCUGACUCGACUAGCAAUAGAACCCAAAGGCAAUCUACCAAUAAAUUGCUUAGACAACUGUAUUUCCAAGGAAUUAGAAUACCUUUACUCCCACCACAUUAUUAUCAACAGGCCAAUUUACCACAUGAGACUAUAUUGACAUUAAUCACCCCGCAGAAAUUACGACAAUUUUAUGAGAUGAUUAAAUUGCCCGAGGAGGAAUUGGUAGAGAUUUUGCGGGUGGAAAGAAUAAAAUGGCAUCCUGAUAAAUGGGUCGGGAGAUUAAAACAACAGAAUGAUCUAGAGGUCGGACAUUUGAAUUUAGAGAUUGUGGAUUGUUUGAGUAGGAAUAUUAAUGGAUUACUUGAAUCGAUGAUUUAG